UGUGGUAGUAAUAUUAAAAUGUUAUAAUUAUUAAUAUUAAAAUAAAUUAUAGAAUUACUAUAAUGCAAAUAAAAAUAUUGAAACUUUUGAAAACUGCUAAAAAUUCUUCAGGGAUACAUUGUCAUGUUCUAGCUAGAAAUCAUGGCAUUAAUUUAUAUUUGUCAAAUAAGAGUUUGAGCGUUACCAAGUAUUCCCGAUGGAGCGGGCUGGACCUCGGUGACCGCAAGGAGCUGGAGUGGCGGGAUGUGCUCACCGAGGCCGAACAGAUAGUGGGCUACCCCACCUCGUUCCUCAACUUACGCUGGCUGUUUAACGACGAGAUAGCCAAUACUGCUAUACAUCUUAGGAAGUUAGUGGGCUCAAACCAUCCUCUUCUAAAGUCCGCAAAGAAUCUUCUAAUUGGAUCCAAGAGCAACCUACAGUCCGUCGGUCUGAUCAUCCUCCUAAUAUCCAAGGCUGCAGGCUUCAAUAACUUGGAGUUUACCAGGGACCAGUACGAUUCUUGUGUUUUGCACUCACAGAGGGCGCUAGCGGAGAUUGUAGAAAUGAAAAGAACCGGCCACAUUAUUCAUAAGACCAUGGUUAACCUACGAGAAAAAGAGAAGCACGGAGAGAAGUAUAAAGAUCUGUUAUACGGGAAUAAAAUUGUAUUACUCACUGGGGAUUACCUGCUUGCCACGUGUCUACACCAGCUCGGAGGGCUGCGAAAUAAUGCAGUUACAGAGCUGAUCUCUACCGGUCUUAGGGAUCUGGUUGAAGGCGACUUUUUGGGUGAACACGAUAAGGAAAAUAAUCCCUGGCCUACACGACCUAAGGGCAGCAAUGAAAUGAGAAGCCAUUAUGAAUGGGAGAAGGAAGACAAUCUUAGAAAACUAGGCUCAAACGAGUAUCUCGGACAAGGGAAAGACGAGUGGAUCUAUCGGACGAUGCUUAUGUCUGGGAGCAUUCUCGGCAAGGGUUGCCAGGGCGCUAUGAAGCUGGCAAACCGCGGGGAACAAACAGAAAGGGACGCGUAUAUCCUUGGAGGACAUUUGGCCCUCAUAUGGCAACUGUAUUUGGACGUCAAAGAAUUCUUUACUCAUCCAUAUUUGUAUUCGUUAGUCGGUGCGCCUGUUACCUUUGCUCUAUGGGAGUAUCCCACCAUAUAUAGCCAUAUUCUAGAAGCCAAAUUGGACAAGAAGCCCGUAGAAUAUAAACAGUUGUACUACGCUGUGAGAGGCACCAGAGCUAUAGAUUAUUUGUCCAAUUUUCUCGAUGACGAGUUAGCGGCCGUGUUGAAAUAUUCGGAGAGGUUCCCGGUGACUGAUGCGAGGCUAUCGUUGCAGAAGAUGGCUCUUACAAUACACGGGGAAGCCGUACAAUAUAUAGAAAUGUAAUUGGAAUAAAGGUGUUUUAGUAAAAAAAGAAUUAAUAAAUAACAAGACAAUA